AUGCCGUCGAAAACAAAGUCCCCAUCCUCCCCCGCGCCGUCGUCGUCCACGAGCACAGACGCGCCCGUCAAGCGCUUCGAGCUCCCCGCCCUCGACCUCAACUUUGGCUCUCUGACCGACGGUACCGACAUCCCGCCGCCUCUGCCCUCGCCCAUACAAGAAGAGCCGUCCUCCAAGGAGCCAGGCACGCCGAAAGAAGAGAACGGCGACGCUGCGAAAGAUAAUGCCAAUGGAUCUUCGAAGCACGACGUCUCCUCGCCGCAGUCCACAUCUACGCCAACCUCCGAAACCACCAAAGGCGCAUCCACGGUCCCGACCUCCCCAACCCUCUCUGCCCGGCCGGGCUCCAUCCGCCGACUAUUCAGCCGCGGCCUGCUGAACCCGGCGCACGCGGCAGCCGCAGGUGCAAACGGAGACCGUCCGCAGAGCCGCGGGACAGGCAGUAUUGCCGACUCGACGCGCAAGUCGAAGCGCGCGAGCGGCUGGUUCGGUCGGCUGCGCGGGGGCAGCCAUGAUAAGUGCAGCUCGCCGCUGGCGUCGUCGCCUCAGAGCGAGGAGAAGAAGGAUCCGCCGCCGAUGUUGCCGGAGCUGAGUGAGCUGAAUAGGAAGUUGGGGAUUCAUGGGGAUGAUGUGGGGUUUGGGGAUGAUUUGUUUAAAGAUAUUAAGUAG